UCGGGAUUUAUUUUUUGUCCAUUAUUUCCAUGAAAUAAAACAAAUACGCCUUUCGAAUAGAUUUCGUUAAAAGUUUACCUUACCGGACAGCAUGAUUCCAUAAAAAUUGUUUGUAAAUCUAAAAUCCAAAGAACUUUCAUAUGAAAAUCCGGUUCUUUCAAUUACAACAACAACAAUGUAAACAAGUGAUCAUCUGACGCCCGACCAAACGUCAGUGUCAAAAUGUGACACUUGACCAUUUAUUUAUUUGUUAAACCAUUCCAUUUGCACCGCUCGACUUUUAUAAACUGUUCAGCAAUUCCAAUAAACGAAGUAAAUGCACUUUUGAAGUUAAAAAAAAAAAUGGGUGUUCGCGGCUUGCAAACAUUUCUUGAGCGUGAACGACAGGUUCGUCCAAUUAAAUUAGCCGAAGAGAUCGAUGACUGGAAGAGGAAGCAUCCUGGCGAAACACCGCUGCUCGUAAUCGAUUUCUACAAUUUAUGCUUUUGCUUGGGAACAAACAUAACUCUGUAUUGGAUAGUGUUUGCGGUGGUGGACAUCAAACUCUGCUGAAUGCGUGGAAGAAAUUAUUGACAGAACUAAAAGCCACUGGCGGUUCGCUUGUGUUUUUCAUUGAUUUGAAUGUUAACGAGGGAAAAAUUGACGAAUGGCUCCGGCGCCGCAACAGAGAAUUCAAAACAUACAUACAAUUAUAUGGCCAUAUUGAGCUCGGAUUGAUAACUGAAUACUUGAGUGGCAUGGACAAAGGUGUUGUGCCUGGUUCAGUGGUUCCGUCAAUGAUGACGAUGGCAGAAACAUUUGGUGAAGUUCAUUAUUCCUUUAGACGUGAAUGCGAUUUGGAAACAGCUCAAUAUGCAACGCGCCACAAUGCAUUGGCUAUCAUUUCGUCUGAUACGGAUUUCCUUAUAUUCGAAGGCCCGUGGAGAUAUUGAUCGGCGAAAGACUUACACAUGGGCCCACUCAAUCAAAUGAGAACCAUCGAAUUCAAUCGAAAUGGCCUUGCAACCAUUUGUUCACUUUCACAACAUCAUCUGCCAUUGCUCGCCACAUUGUUGACCAACGAUUUCACGCAUGAUUAUUACGAUCAACUAGUGAAUUUCUACACUAGCUUGGGCCCAAUGAAAUUUGUCGUUAAAAAUGUGGCUCGCUAUGUGAAAAAGGUGGGCAGUGCUCAUCUAUCGGAUUUAGAUAUUAGACGACUUACACAACACGCUUUUGGAGAAGCCGAUAACAAAAUUCAAAGACUGAUCAGACAAAGUCUUGACUCAUAUAAUAUUGACUUCCCUCCUGUGAUCAUUGAAGAUCCAAUGGAACUGAAGCUAUUGAAUACGGGCAUGUACGAGUUGUAUAUGUAUUACAUGGGUGAAAUUCAGGAUAUUAUCCUCGGAAUGUAUGACAUGCGCGAUUGUAAGUCAGAAACUAAUCUGCCAUUGCUGUUAACGGAUUGGGCUAAACGUAAAACCGGCAUCAUUCGAAAACGGACCAAUAUUCCAUACACGUUUACUCUGCUAACGAAGAAACAAUUCAACGAAGACUACAUUAUUCACAAAGAAGAACCGAUUUAUCCGGAAUUUCAACUGCCUCCUUUGGAUCAAUUAUACAUCCAAACUGAUACUGUUGAUGAUCGCGAGAAUACCGAAAUUCGAUGGAAGAUUCUUAGCUUCAUCAUGUCAUUGUCAAACCAAGUUAUUCUUGCUUUAAAAAAUCUACCGAAGAAUUAUUUAGUCAUAUGCACGGCUCUCUACGCUUUAGUCAAGAGUGAGUUACUCACAGCGAAGGAAGCCGAUGGAAUUUUAUACACAGAAUAUAAGUUUAAUUCGGGAGAAGACACAAGGGUCUCAGACAACUUCUCCAUUGCUGGUCUACAGUCAUACAUUCAGAGCGUACCACAGGUUGACGGAGUCUAUUUCCAGAAAGUGAUGGAACAAACUUCUGAAAUGGACUUCGUGGAACGUGAAUCUUAUUUUGUUCCGAUCAAAGCCUAUCGCAUCUAUGCAAAUGUCAACUAAGACUAAACAGUAACUUAUGAGUCUAAAGAAUAGAAGCAAAUACUCAUGUUUGACUUUCUGGAAUAGAUCUUUUUUAGAAUUAGAAAGAAUUCA